GUACAUCUGAAUUCCUAGCCUGUAGUGACACUUGAUCUAGUAUUAAGUUCGAUAUUCACACAUUGUUCAGAUCAUCUGCUCUGUUCAGGAUCAUCAGUGAAGCCAUUGUUUCACUCUGCGUGGAUUUCAUCCAAGCCUGAAUUUGAGUCGCACAAGAGAUGGGCAAGACGAAUAUGGAGGGCCUGAUUGGCGUAUUAAAGAGCUGGUCUGUGCAUACUGUUGCAGCAGUGGUCUUCCUGUACAUCUUACUGAAGAUUUUGAAGAGAGGUAGACAUAAGUCCGGGAGACGACCUCCUGCACCUCCAUGUUGGCCAUUGAUUGGCCAUUUCCAUCACCUUAUAUCUGGGUUGCCUCACCACAACCUGGCCAAAAUUGCUGAAAAAUAUGGGCCCAUAGUGUGGCUCGAACUGGGAGCUGCAAGUGUUGUGGUUGUAUCUUCUUCGGAUAUUGCCAAGGAGAUUCUGAAAACUCAAGAUCACAUAUUUGCCUCUCGCCCUCCAGCAAUACUAGGAGAAAUGCUGUUUGCGAAUGGUCUGGAUCUAGUGUUUAGCCCUUUGAACGACAACUUUCGUGAAGCCCGGAAAAUUUUUACCACAGAACUUCUCUCGCAACAGCGGAUCGACUCAUUUCAGGAUUUGAGGCGAGAGUUUUUUAGUACAACUAUGCAGAGAGCAUUCGAGGAGGGUGAUGCGAAUCGUUUCAUAAAUUUAGCUGAAAUAAUGCACGAACAGUUUAUGUCCUUGAGUACCCGAAUGCUUUAUGGAAAGGAUGGACGUGCUCAUAGUAAGCAGCUUGUUGAAUUUAUCAGAAUUUUAACAACUACAGGAUGGUUCGUAGUAGAAGAGUACUUCCCUUUUCUGAAGCCAUUUGAUCCCAGCGGACAAGUUAAAAGGCUGAAGAAUUUAGGCGAAAAUUACUUCCACCUUAUGGAUUCCGUCAUCGACCAGCGCCUGAAGGAAAAUUCCAACUCGAAUUCAAAUCGUGAACAGAACUUCUUGGACGUGCUGCUGGCUAUGAGCAAUUUUACACGUGUACAAGUCAAAGUCCUUCUUCUGGACAUAAUCCUUGCUGGAGGUGAUACAAGCCCUGAUACGAUUGUUUGGGCUAUAGCUGAGCUUCUGCGGCAUCCGGACGUUAUGGAAAGACUUCAGAAUGAGCUCGACGAUGUGAUCGGGAAGGAACGGCUGGUUGAAGAAGAAGAUCUCAAGAAACUCGAGUAUCUGCAGGCAGUGGUGAAGGAGACACUACGGCUGCACCCAAUCGGUGCGUUGGGAGUUCCUCACUUUUCUACCGAGGCAACAAAAGUAGCAGGAUACGAUAUCCCCGCGAGCACCCGGGUCAUGAUUAACCUUUAUGCCAUUGGUAGAGAUCCCAAGGUUUGGGAAAACCCUCAGAAGUUUGAUCCUUUAAGAUUCUUAAACAGCCCUAUAGAUGUCAAAGGGCAGCAUUAUGAGGUUUUGCCAUUCAGUUCUGGGCGAAGGAAGUGUCCGGGCAUGAAUUUGGCGCUUGUGUCUGUAGCCUAUAACAUCGCCCAGCUGGUUCAUGCUUGUUCGUUCUCCCUGCCCGAAGGCAUGACUGGCCUGGACGUGGAUCUUGAAGAGUCGUUCGGAACGACCCUAUGCAAGCGGAAUCCGCUGAAUCUACUAUUGAAGAGGAGGCUGCCUACGCACGUCUAUGAUAAGGCAGGACUGAGUGUUUCUGCGCAGUGAAGAAUGAACGGUCGUUCAUGUCGAUACUUUGGUGGAGAGUACAAUCGAUAAUUGUGUAUCUUCUUUCUCAGUAAUGCAACAAAGUCGGUUGACUAAGUCAAUCGAAUGAGUUAUUUCACUCCUAUUCA